UUUGAAAGUCAGCACUAUCUCCCACAUCCCGCAAGGUAGCGACAGGCCAAUGACAGAGAACGUCCCUCCGUCCACCGCGCCCUCCGCGCCUGGCACAACCGCCGCGACUGGGCCAGGUGCAGCAGGCCAAGCUCCUCCGACGCGCGGAGUACCAUAUUACGAGAAACUACGCAAAGAAUUACGUGACACGCUCCAGAAGAAGAGGUUACUUGACAGAAAUCUCGCAACCCUAGAAGAAUCAAUCUACCGCUUCGAGCAAUCCUACCUCGAAGAAACCGGCGCCGGAAAUAUAAUCAAGGGUUUUGACAACUACAUCAAAGGCUCCGCAGGGGCGUCCUCACUCGGCGCUGCAGGUGGACUUGGCUCCUCCUUCGCGGGUGGCACCUCUGGAGCGGGCAGCGGAGGGCCCACAACGAGAAGGAAAGCACAAGUGUCAGAUCUAGACAGGGUGUUCUCCCGGAGUUCAGCGAGUUUCAUGAGGGACUCUCCCGCUCCUUCAAGCGCACACACCACGCCUUCCCAUGCCCCUACACCAACCUACUCCGGCUCCAGCGGCAAAGCCGACAGAGACGCCAAAGAUUCAUCUGCGCCAAACAGCGUGAAGGGCGCGGCGAGCAAAAACAAAAAGAAAUCUGCCGGAGCCGCUCGCGAGAGAGAAGAUGACGAUGAUGGUGGGGAGACGAAACCACCCGUGAAACGGCUGAAAAUUACAUAUGGCAGGGGAGACUGA